CUGCAGCUCUGGAUUAUCUGCCUAAAACACAGAAUUACACUUUUACACACACACCUGGGAAAUCUCUGGAUACCGUAAACAGAAGGAGAGAGGCUUCUGUUUCCCUUCGCGGGCGACCUCUUCUCCCCUAUGAGGAGAGAGGGAUGGAUGGAGGAGGGACAGGUCAGGGGAAAACUCCUACCAUGCAUGCGCCAUGAACAAGAUGAAGAACUUUAAGCGACGUUUCUCUCUGUCUGUCCCUCGCACUGAGACCAUCGAGGAAAACGAGUUCACUGAGCAAAUCAACCAGCUCAACAUCCAACACACUCAGGCACUGACUCCAGACAGCCUGACUCUGCCAACACUGCACCCUGAGGCCAGUCCCAGUCCAGUGAGCCCUGAGCCAGCCAUACCCGGAGCACAGUCCCCCUCCCAGCUCCAGUACCGCAGCAAAGCACCCCACCGACGCUUCUCUAUGGAAGAUGUGAGUAAGCGUAUGUCUCUGCCCAUGGACAUCCGCCUUCCUCCUGAGUUCCUCAAGAAGCUGCAGAUGGAGAGAGAGAUGGAGAGUGAGAACAACUCUCCUCCCUGCAAACCCCUCAGCCGCAUGUCUCGACGGGCUUCACUGUCUGACAUUGGCUUUGGAAAGCUGGAGACGUACGUGAAACUGGGCAAACUGGGAGAGGGGACGUAUGCCACCGUUUUUAAGGGUCGGAGCAAACUGACAGAGAACCUGGUGGCGCUGAAAGAGAUUAGGCUAGAGCACGAGGAGGGUGCGCCCUGUACAGCUAUCAGAGAAGUGUCUCUACUGAAGAACCUAAAACACGCCAACAUUGUCACACUGCAUGACAUCAUACACACAGAACGCUCCCUCACUCUUGUCUUUGAGUACCUGGACAGUGAUCUGAAACAGUACCUGGACAACUGUGGAAACCUGAUGAGCAUGAACAACGUCAAGAUCUUUAUGUUCCAGUUGUUACGUGGUCUGUCCUACUGCCAUAAGAGGAAGAUCCUUCACAGAGACCUCAAACCUCAGAACCUGCUCAUCAACGACAAGGGAGAGCUCAAACUAGCUGACUUUGGUCUGGCACGGGCCAAGUCUGUCCCCACUAAGACCUACUCCAACGAGGUGGUGACUCUAUGGUACCGCCCCCCUGAAGUACUUCUGGGUACCACAGAGUACUCUACACCCAUCGACAUGUGGGGCGUGGGCUGUAUUCUAUUUGAGAUGGCGACAGGUCGUCCCAUGUUCCCAGGCUCCUCAGUGAAAGAGGAGCUGCACUUAGUCUUCAGAAUCAUUGGUACCCCAAAAGAAGACAGCUGGCCAGGUAUCUCCAAUAAUGAUGAGUUCAGAUCCUACAUGUUCCCCGAGUACAGACCUCAGCCACUCAUCAACCAUGUGCCUAGGCUGGACACUGAGGGGAUUGACAUGCUAACUGCUUUACUCCUGUAUGACACUAGGACCAGAGUCUCAGCUGAAGCAUCUCUUAGACACCCCUACUUCCUCACCCUGGGAGAGAACAUCCACAGCCUCGCAGACACCUCCUCUGUGUUUUCUCUCAGAGAAAUUAAACUACAGAAAGACCCAGGCCACCGCAGCUCACUGUUCCAGCCUCCAGGUCGGGGGAAGAACAGAAGGCAGAGCAUAUUCUAAAGGACGACCAGCCGAUGGAGUGCAGACAGGGCGAGAGAAACCCUCAAGGAGGAAUCGGCUUUGAAGACAAACACACUCCAAUCCCUCAUACAAACAGAAAUACAAAUGCAAACACAAACAUCCAGGUCACAUCAGUCUAACCUAAAAGGUAUUUCCUGGUUAAAUAAAGGUUCAAGUUCAAUUUACACACACAUCUAAUCCUCUCCCUCCCCACAACAGAGGAUGGAUACAGACAGGGUUUCUGAGAAUAAACUAGCACUACACCUCAAAUGUCUUGGAGCCGAGUUCCCUCUAUAUGAGCAUUCUACUGUCAUGAUUCUGAGACUGACCAGGAAAUAUCUCCCAUUCUCCUACCCAAUCCCCUUCCUACUCAGCCCCCUGCAGACACCCAAGCUAACCAAUCACUCUGCAUGUUUCAAUGAUCUCCACUUCUCCCUUUCCCUUCCUCCUCUCCUUCUGUUCAUGUCCCCUUGUAAUAAAAGAACACAGAGUUAGCACCUUGCAACACAACCACCAUCUGAGACCAAAACUCUAAAUCCAAACUAAAUCUGAAUGGUUGGGCAAACCUGCCUCUACAUAACCACCCCUUGAUUUCACCUAGUGGGGAUUUCAUUCAAAUCAGUAUUACAGUUUUUGAAAUGGCCUUAGUAAAAUGUGCUUGAGAUUUCUUUCUUCAAAAUAUGAUAUAAAGAAACCUAUGGGCAUUUGCUUUGCAUUAGUGAAUAACACACGUUUAGUGUUCGUAUCACUGAGUCUCCUAUUUGCACAAGCCUGAAAUCACCUCUGAAGAGUGUUCCUGGACUGGCUCUAGAUUAAGAUGAAGAAGGAUUAGACAAAGACCAUUACAUAAUGAACCCGGAAUUGCAAAUUGAAACUGACUAUUCCAAUUGGUUUAUUCACUUCCAUUCACUGGAGCACAAAUCUGAUCUCCCCACUUCUCUCUGAAGUGUGCAGUUGUUUCCUCCCCCUGUGAAAUGGGCUUGGGAAUUCCAAUUGGCUCCCAGAGCAGGUAUAGGAUACUCCCUAAAUAAUCUGGACAUCACUGUCUAAUCUGUCUCCAUUUUAUGCUUGGACCAAGCCUCUCUUCUAACAUAGUCUCCCCUUACCUCUCGCCUAACCUCCUCUCACCUACCUCUCUCCUAACCUAGGUUGCAUCUAGUCUUGAGGGGGUUCCUCUUCUCCUCUCAUUCAUCUAAACUGUUAUAAAAAAAGACAGGGUCACUGAAAAGCAACUUGGGGUAAGCCUACUAGGUUUCAAUCUGUUUACACCUCUGUGUGUCCAGCACAUUUACAGUGCCUUGCAAAAGUAUCCGGCCCCCUUGAACUUUGCGAACUUUUCCAUAUUUCAGGCUUCAAACAUAAAGAUAUAAAAAUGUAU